GAGGAUCUGAUUCCACUCCCCUGUGCCCAGUUUCAACACAGUGCACAUCUUGAGCAGUUUAGAUCCCAGACCACAGCGAAAAAGGGAAGGAGGGGGUGGUGUGUGUCACACAGAGAGAGGGAGAGAGAGAGAGAGAGAGAGAGAGAGAGCCGGUGCGCGAUGGCAUUUCUGGCAUAAUACUUGUACAGACAGGAGAGCUGAAGCUUGAGGCAUUUCUUUUGUAGGACUCGCUGGGAAUGGCAAGCUGCGCGGUUACCCUGGAAACAUCGAUUUAAAGAGAAUGUCAGAGCAGGCUAUAUGCUGCACCCUGGGGAGCUGUUCCUGUGAGAGUUUUAAACCUGGGAAGUUAAGACGACGACAGUGUGAACACUGCAAACACGGAUGGGUGGCACACGCUCUCAGUAAGCUGAAGGUGCAGCACCUGUUCCAUGGAGGCCAGGUGGAGAUCGUCCACUCCAGCGUGGUGUUUGAUAUCUGCAGCCUGAUGCUGUACGGGACACAGGCUAUCCCCGUGCGGCUGAAGAUCCUGCUGGAUCGGCUCUUCAGCGUGCUCAAGCAGGAGGAGGUCGUCCAGAUCCUGAAUGCACUUGACUGGACUCUACAGGACUACAUCCGAGGAUAUGUGCUGCAGGAUGUAACUGGCAGAGUCUUGGAUCGUUGGGUGAUCAUGACCCUGGAGGAGGAGAUGGCCGCCCUGCAGCAGUUCCUGCGUUUCGGGGAGACCAAAUCCAUUGUGGAGCUCAUGGCGGUUCAGGACAAAGAGAGCCAGACAGUCCUCGUACCCAGCACCAGGACCAGCUCAGGCAUCCGGGCGUUCAUUGAGAGCAGCGCUCACCGCAGCACUGACCUCCCGCCUGGUCCGCCCGCCUCCAGCAGCAUCCAUCACUUUGAGAACCUCAUCAGCAGCAUGGCUUUCCUACUGCCAUUUCAGUACCUGAGUUCUCUCCCCGCCCCCUUGCUAGGCUCCACCUCUGGAUCCUUCCUGCCUGGCGACCAUACCCCCAUCCCCACCCUCUCCACUGAGACCAGCCUAGUGGGCUCAAGCUCCGCCACUUUUGACUUGGAUGUGGAGAAGAGCAGCAAAGUCCUCGGUGCUGCCACCCCCAAAAUGGAGGCUGAGGACAUCCCUGCCAGCGACACAUACUCGGACGCCCCCUCCACACCUUCCAUGACCUCUGAGCUUAUGCAGACAUCCCCUGAGGGCAAGCUCCACCUACCAGAGCAGGGUGGGGCCCCUGGGGCAGGUGGAGGACUGAAGAAGGGGCGGGUCUUUUGCAGCGCCUGCGAAAAGACGUUCUACGACAAGGGCACGCUGAAGAUCCACUACAACGCCGUGCACCUGAAGAUCAAGCACCGCUGCACCGUCCAGGGCUGCAACAUGGUGUUCAGCUCCCUGCGUAGCCGAAACCGCCACAGCGCCAACCCCAACCCCCGCCUGCACCUGCCCAUGAACCGCAACGGGCGCGAUCGCGACGUUCGGCCGGGCGCGUACAGCGAGGGGGAGGAGGAGGAGGGCAUGGAGAGCAGGCCGGUCUCCAGCUACGUGGUGAGCAGCUCCGACUCCAGGCUCCAGAGCGUCUUCCCCGCUGCAGGCCACUCCGGGCCGGGCCACGGCGGGAUCCUCUUCCCCAACCUGAAGACGGUGCAGCCCGUUCUGCCCUUCUACCGCAGCCUGGUCACGCCCGCCGAGCUCGCCAACACCCCCGGGGCCCCGCCCUCCCUGCCCCACAUCUCCUCCUCGUCCGUGCCGGCCAACAACGGCCCCGUCGCUGCCGAUCCCGUCGCCGACCCCGUGCCGAAGAAGAAGUCCCGCAAGUCCAGCAUGCCGGUGAAGAUCGAGACAGAGGCGGUGGAGCCGGCCGCGGAGAGCCGCUCGGAACCCUCGCCGUCGCCGCCGCUCGGGCCCGCCGAGCAGCCGGACAGCAGCGGGUCGGCGUGCGAGAAGCCAGAGAGCUGCCACCAGGAUGGAGCAGAGCCGCGCAGCGACGAGGACGAGGGGACGAGGGUGCUGCACACCCAGGAGGGGGGUGUGAUCACGAGUACGUCGCCCCAGGACCACAAAUUAACCAAGCAUCGCAGCCUCGUCAGCGACUGUCCUGUCCCGCCCCUGCAGAACGGCACAGAGCCCUGUGAAACUGACACCGCAAAGCAGGACUACAGCACUGCCAGCAGCGGGCUCUUCAGAAUUUUAACAUUCAGGGACACCCCCAAGCUCGGUGACAGAGAGGACUCCUCCCCCAAAACCAGCCCCUCGUCAGUCCGCGCUGAUGGAGGGGAGACCGAUCACUGUGAGAUCUGCAGCGAGACCUUGCCUGACUCUCAUAGCAUCAAAACGCAUUACUGUAGUGCCAAUGAGCAGGAGAUACACAGAAGUGUAGACGGUUGCAACACUACAUUUCCCAGCAGCAGGAGCAAAGACAGGCACAACACUAACUUCACCCCACACCCCACGGUGCUGACCAGAGAUCCUUGUGGGGCCUCGGACACAGUCAGCCCCGCCCCCUCUGUCUGCAGGGACAUGCCCACAAGCCUUCCUCAGGAUCCGCCCCUGAUCAACCCUACAGGGCAGCUAUCUGUGAUCUUUAAAGGGCACUACAGAAUGGGUUUGGUGCACCCCAUGAGCACAGCACAGAACAGCCUGGCAGUGCUUGCAGGGGAUGAUGAAGAGAAGGAAAAGGAGGAGGAGGCUGUGCUGGAUCUCAGUGCCACGUCAGCCAGCCAAUCAGAGCACCACACGCGGCCGCCCUGGGACUCGGACGGAGACAGCGAAGCAGGCGGGGCCGGGGAGGAGAGCAACGACAGCCAGGAGGGGACGGACCUGCCGCCGAGGGAGGGUCUCACCCCAAACCCGAGCGAAGGUCCAGGGAUCCGGCUGGGCGACGCUCCCAUCGCCUGCCCUGCCUGCCAGAAGGUGUACAGUAACAGGAACACGUUCAGGGCCCACUACAAAACCGUGCACCUCAGACUGCUGCACAAGUGCAAAGUGCCCGGGUGCAGCACAUCCUUCUCCUCUGUGAGGAGCAGAAACCGGCACAGCCAGAACCCCAACCUGCACCGCAACCUGACCACGACCGCGGCUCACCGCUCGCCACAGCGAGAGCAGCCCUCACACAGCGCUCAUGGCUUACUCGCAUGAAACGCAUGCCAGUACAAAGGCAGGAAACUCCUUCAUUACAGACGUGAAAUAAAUUUACCUGCAUGAACCACAUGAACUGAAUGGGCCAAACUGUACAUAUCACGUGCUACAGUUGUCCGUGCGACAGGUUAUGUCUACAUGGGUUUUUUUAUUCCCCCAAGUGUUUCACUCAAUAGGCUAGGACAUGGGGCAUGGUUUAAUCCCUUUAAAGGCAGUACAGUUAGAAUGCUUGUCGAAGUUGUUGACAUUUGGCUGAAUUUCCAAUGAAAUGAGUAAUAGUUAAUAGUUAAAUGGGUGCAGGAAUUCAGUGGAAACUGGAAAUUGUGCAAAAAACUGAAAAUUCCAGCACUGUUAUUGAGCAUUCAGUAAUUCUUUAAAAGUAGGAGACUCAGGAAUACGCAGGCCUAGUUUCCUUUUCUCUAUACCUUUAACUUUGGAAAUUCAUAUGGAGGGAAAAAACAAUAAUUUUAUCCAUAAAUACAAUUUGCAUGUGUUAUAAAUAUCCUUAAUGAUUCACAUCUGAGCAUAUGCUAUCAGCACCCCUUCCUCUUCCUCAUAUCCAUACACAUGAUGGUGGGAAUGUUACUCACCUUUCUGGUGUGGACCCAAUGCCAUACUGUGUCUCACAACAACACAUUAGAGGCAGCGUAUUCUAGCUGAUGGAGAUAUGGUUUGAUACGGUCUUGUAUCCAUUCCCUUAUGGAAAUGGAAUGUGUGUUGUAAAUAUGUGAAAUUAUAUAAAAUAUGUAUUUCAAGUGCAAUAUAUUGCAAUAUAUUCAAUUUAUUUCAAAAUAUUUUCAAAUAUAUUCCAUUUCCAUUGGAGGAUCUCUUCUGCUUGUUUGAUUUUGCCAUUUUGGAAGGCUAAAUUUGACCAAAGAUGUACCUUUUCUGAGAUGUGUACAACACAUAUUCCCUUUGGAGGUAAGCAGUAUUCAAAUUCAUAUCAGUGUGUGGACUUGGGUUCUGUUCAAGCAAGGAACUGUAAAAUUAAUGAAUGUUUUUUUUUCAUUGUUUUAUAUCAACAAGUAAAAAUGAGAAUAAUAAUAGCUGUUCGCAUAGUUAACUGUUUCAAGCACUAAAGAACUCAGUAUUGUCAUCUUUUUUUGUUAGUAAAUGAAUAAUGAUAAGGUAGUGUUUUACAAAGAGGGAAAUCUGGGCUAUAAUACCAGAUUGACUGAUGUUGGAAUCCAAAUCUAACAUCGUGGUCUACAAUAAUGAUAUCCAUGUCAAAAUGGAUGCCUCAGUAUUAACAUGCUAUUAUACAAUGGUUUAACACUGAGCAUAACAUGGGCCAUUGAUAAAUGUAGCCACAGCAUCUCUACAUUAGUAAUAUGCUGUAUGCAGUGUUGUUGAAUGUUGUGCAGGGAUGACAUAGUCUCAUAUUUAUUGUAGUAUUUAUGUGACUUUCAAUAUACUGAAGAGGAAAUGUCGUCACUCACCAGUCUAGGAGUCAGGCCAACCUGCCAUGCCUCAAUUUCCCAAGCAUGACUCUGCAGGACACAAUUUCCACAUCAUUCCUGUGAUGUCUGUAUACUAAUCUUGAAUUUGGUACAUUAAUGACAUGCAGUACAUUCUGUGCAUUUACUGUACAUUUUGUAACCAGAAUAAUUUAUAACUUGAAAGAAACCAAAAAUAUUCUACUGUAACAGAUACAAGCUUCAAAUUUCACGCAAUAAAUGCUUUUGCUCAAGCUUU